AUGGGACGAAGCACGACAGUCCUUCAAUACUUGACUACUAGGAGAUAUCGACUUCCCAACCCACCUAUCACCAAUCUGGCACCAGUACACAAAAGGCGUAAAACAUCCAACAUAGUGACCAUCAAUACUAAGUCCGAGUACAGUCUGCCCUUCACUUUGAACAACUCAGAACUUCUCAGGGAACACUCAUACAUUGACGCCAAACGGGUGGAAGCCAAAAGCGGGAAGCGUUUUGCGGUCAUUGAUCCUGGCUCCGCCUACAGAGCAUUCUAUAAAUACAGCAAGAUCUCUCCACGAAAACGCGCACAGCUUCUUCUCAAAUGGCAUAAAUUGAUUGCUGUCUCAAAGGAUGACCUCACGAUCAUUCUAACAUAUGAAACCGGCAAACCGUUGGCAGAGUCGCAUGGCGAGUUAGACUUAUCACUCAGCUUUGUAUGGUGGUACGCUGGAGAAGCGGAGCGUAUCCAGGGGGACCUGUAUAUCCCUGCAAACACAAGUCGCCGUGUCUUGACAGUCAAGCAACCCAUUGGUGUGGCAGUGGGCUUGGUGCCGUGGAAAUUUCCUGUAGCUAUGGUUCUACGGAAGGCUGGCGCUGUCUUUGCCGCUAGAUGUCUUAUAGUUUUCAAAACAAGCCCUGAAACACCCCUUACAUGUCUCGCACUAUCUUACCUUGCAUCGAAAGCAGGGUUCCUGCCAGGAGUCUUCAACGUCUUGACUACCAGUCUACAGAGCACACCUAGCCUAUCGGAGGCCUUGAUGUUACACCCACUGGUUAAGAAGGUCACUUUCACCGGCAGUACGCGUGUGGGAAAGCUUGUGGCAAGUCUCUGCGCGAAAGGACUCAAAAAGUGCACCCUCGAAUCGGGAGGAAAUUGUCCUUUUAUCGUCUUCGAUGAUGCUGAUCUGGAGCAACUGGUUUACGUUCAAGCUGGCGUAUACGAUGAGUUUGCAGCAUUGCUCAUUGCUAAAACUAAAGAACUGAAGGUCGGACAUGGUUGCGGACGCAGUGAAGAACGGAGCAACUCUAGCACUCUAGCAUUUGGCACGGGAAAAGCACAUAAUUUGGCUCUAACAGACGAAGUUGCUGGACUCAGUGAGCCUACUUCGGGAUAUUUCUUCGACCCUACCGUCUUAAUCAACGCGAAACAAGGUUCACUCAUUAGCCAGGAAGAAACCUUUGGCCCUGUCCUUGGCUUAUUCAAGUUUGAGACUGAACAGCAAGUUGCGGAAUGGGCCAAUAGCACCAGUAUGGGCCUUGCCAGCUAUGCAUUUACCAAAAAUGUCGACAGAUUGUUCAGGAUGCUGGAGAAUUUGGAGGCAGGCAUGAUUGGACUGAACACAGACAACAGCUCCGCUGCUGAAAGUCCAUUUGGAGGUAUCAAAGAAAAGGACAAAGAUGGAAAUGUGAUCGGUCGGCUGUUGAUUCCACGCCCAACAAACGAUCCAAAGGACCCGCUGACUUGGAGUGUAUGGAGAAAGCACAUGGCCUUUGCCGGUAUUUCCUUCUCCGUGUUCUUAUCCAACUACAGCCUCACCGCCUUGACGCCCGGAUUGACCAAGGUUAUUGAAAGAUUCGACGUCUCGACCACUCAAAGUAGCUACCUAAUCACGAUGCAAGUCCUUCUUGGUCUUGGAGUACGGAUUAAGGAUGCCAUGUAUUGA